CCCACGCCCUCUUUUCCUCCUCCCAGCCCAGCCCCUGCCUACCCCCGUUUUAGUAAGGCGCUAGCUGCAGUCUGACAGGAACAGGACGGAGCCAAGAUGGCGGCGGCGGACGGCGACGAUUCGCUCUACCCCAUCGCGGUGCUCAUAGACGAGCUCCGCAACGAGGAUGUUCAGCUUCGCCUCAACAGCAUCAAGAAGCUGUCCACCAUCGCCUUGGCCCUCGGGGUCGAAAGGACCCGCAGCGAGCUUCUGCCCUUCCUGACAGACACCAUCUACGACGAGGAUGAGGUCCUGUUGGCCCUGGCGGAACAGCUGGGCACCUUCACCACUCUGGUCGGAGGCCCCGAGCACGUGCACUGCCUGCUGCCACCCCUGGAGUCGCUGGCCACGGUGGAGGAGACCGUGGUGCGGGACAAGGCGGUGGAGUCCCUGCGGGCCAUCUCGCACGAGCACUCGCCCUCCGACCUUGAGGCCCACUUCGUACCGCUCGUGAAGCGGCUGGCGGGCGGCGACUGGUUCACCUCCCGCACGUCGGCCUGCGGCCUCUUCUCCGUCUGCUACCCUCGCGUGUCCAGUGCCGUCAAGGCGGAACUUCGACAGUACUUCCGGAACCUGUGCUCAGAUGACACCCCCAUGGUGCGGCGGGCCGCAGCCUCCAAGCUGGGGGAGUUCGCCAAGGUGCUGGAGCUGGACAACGUCAAGAGCGAGAUCAUCCCCAUGUUCUCCAACCUGGCCUCUGACGAGCAGGACUCGGUGCGGCUGCUGGCGGUGGAGGCGUGUGUGAACAUCGCCCAGCUGCUGCCCCAGGAGGAUCUGGAGGCCCUGGUGAUGCCCACCCUGCGCCAGGCUGCUGAGGACAAGUCCUGGCGCGUCCGAUACAUGGUGGCCGACAAGUUCACAGAGCUCCAGAAAGCAGUGGGGCCUGAGAUCACCAAGACGGACCUGGUCCCUGCCUUCCAGAACCUGAUGAAAGACUGUGAGGCCGAGGUGAGGGCCGCAGCCUCCCACAAGGUCAAAGAAUUCUGUGAAAAUCUCUCAGCUGACUGUCGGGAGAAUGUGAUCAUGACCCAGAUCUUGCCCUGCAUCAAGGAGCUGGUGUCAGACGCCAACCAACAUGUCAAGUCGGCCCUGGCCUCAGUCAUCAUGGGCCUCUCUCCCAUCCUGGGCAAAGACAACACCAUCGAGCACCUCCUGCCCCUCUUCCUGGCUCAGCUGAAGGAUGAGUGCCCAGAGGUGCGGCUGAACAUCAUCUCCAACCUGGACUGCGUAAACGAGGUGAUUGGCAUCCGGCAGCUGUCCCAGUCCCUCCUUCCCGCCAUUGUGGAGCUGGCUGAGGACGCCAAGUGGCGAGUGCGGCUGGCCAUCAUUGAGUACAUGCCUCUGCUGGCUGGACAGCUGGGUGUGGAGUUCUUUGAUGAGAAACUCAACUCCUUGUGCAUGGCCUGGCUUGUAGAUCAUGUCUACGCCAUCCGCGAGGCGGCCACCAGCAACCUGAAGAAACUGGUGGAGAAGUUUGGGAAGGAGUGGGCCCAUGCCACUAUCAUCCCCAAGGUCUUGGCCAUGUCUGGGGACCCCAACUACCUGCACCGCAUGACUACGCUCUUCUGCAUCAACGUGCUGUCCGAGGUCUGCGGGCAGGACAUCACCACCAAGCACAUGCUGCCCACAGUGCUGCGCAUGGCCGGGGACCCCGUCGCCAACGUCCGCUUCAACGUGGCCAAGUCCCUGCAGAAGAUAGGGCCCAUCCUGGACAACAGCACACUGCAGAGCGAGGUCAAGCCCAUCCUGGAGAAGCUGACCCAGGACCAGGACGUGGACGUCAAGUACUUUGCCCAGGAGGCUCUGACUGUUCUGUCUCUCGCCUGAUGCUGGAAGAGGAGCCAACGCCGGCCUCUGGUGUCCACCCUCCCCCCCAGUCCCUCCCUCAGGGAGACAUUGGGGGGCCUUUGGCUGUCACUCCCUGUGCAUGGUCUGACCCCAGGCCCCUCCCCCAGCACGGGUCCUCCCCUCCCCAGCCUGGGAAUCCGACUUCUCACCGUCCACCUCCCGAGGGGCUGAGGGGAGCGCAGGGUGGGACAGGGCAGAGACCUUGGGAGGAAGGGGCCACCGCCGCCCACGCUGGGGGAGAUGUGAGCAUCCCAGGUCACUGGCUCCUGCUGCUGUAAUGGGGACCCCCUCCGCCAUCUACUCCUCCACCUCCCUUCCUUCCCCUCAGUGGUUUCCUUUGUGUCAACUGUGUCGUUUUUAUUUUAUUCCUUUUUUCCCCCUUUUCACAGAGAAAUAAAGGUCUAGAAAUA